ACCUAACUCAGCAGCCGUGAGGAGGCCUUUGCGCAUGUGCAAAGUCAAACGGGAAGAAGGUGAAGAUGGCGGCGGCCAGGGCAAGGGUCCUGGGAGUCCGAUGGCUGCAAAGAGCCGCCAGGAACUUGGCGCCUCUGGGUGCACGCACAGCCUCCCAUAUUACCAAGGACAUGCUCCCGGGACCCUAUCCCAAGACCCCAGAAGAACGGGCCGCCGCCGCCAAGAAGUAUAAUAUGCGUGUGGAAGACUACGAGCCUUACCCGGAUGAUGGCAUGGGGUAUGGCGACUACCCAAAACUCCCUGACCGAUCACAGCAUGAGAGGGAUCCAUGGUAUGACUGGGACCAUCCGGACCUGAGAAUAAAUUGGGGUGAACCGCUGCACUGGAACCUAGACAUGUACAUCAGAAACCGUGUUGACACAUCCCCUACACCUGUAUCUUGGGAUAUCAUGUGUAAGCACCUCUUCGGCUUCGUGGCUUUCAUGCUGUUCAUGUUUUGGAUGGGUGAGAAAUACCCCACUUACCAGCCUGUGGGCCCAAAGCAGUAUCCUUAUAAUAAUCUGUACCUGGAACGAGGCGGCGAUCCCACCAAAGAACCGGAGCCGGUGGUUAACUAUGAGAUCUGAGGAGCUUCAUGGGCUUUGCGCCCCCCCCCCCCACUCUCAUUUCUAGAAAUUUAACCUUAAUGAAACCCCUAAUAAAACUUAAUGUUAUGGCA